UUAAUUUAUACGAACAUCUGUUGUUUAUGUCAAUACGAAAUAACGUAUAUAAACGUAGUAUAAUUUUAUUUUUGUUAUAAAUUUACGUGAUAACUAUUUGUUUAUUUAGUAUGUAACAAGAAAAAUAUUGAAAAUCUUUCUACUGUCUGUAACGAACUAUAAAAUUCAUUGUUUGUUAAGAAACAAUUUCGUUCGUCUGUGAAAGAUAUAAAUUAACGAGAAAUUUCUCAUGUUUUGCGUGCAGGGGUUAAAAAAAUUGUAAAAUAUUGAGAAAAUGGAUGAUGAAACAUUAAACAGACUUGCAGUUGAGGCAUUAUUAGAAGAAGCUAAGAUUGGAGCAAAAAGAGCAGAAAUAAUGGGACCCAGUGGAUGGAUAAAACCAAAGGAAUCUAUUAAUAAAAGAUUUCUUCAUUCAACAUUACGUAAUGUUGUUCUUUCAAACAAAUAUCAAUUAAAAAGAAGAAGUGAGAAACAAUUGCAUAUAUCCGAGAGUACAUUAAAGUAAUUUUUAUUUUUUGCUCUUAGUAUAAGUAUUAGUUUCUUGCAACAUUCUUUACUGUCCCUCUAUUAAUUUAGGAUUAAAUCAUUCAGUAUCAUGAAAAUAUGUCAUUUAGUACCUAUUAAGUAAUUGUAAGUUUCAUUUUAAGCUGAAUAAGUGUAAUAUAAAAGGAAUUCACUUAAAUAUAAUGAAAAAAAAAUUAGUCACCAACGAUAGUUAAUAUGAUGGAAUAAAUUGAUACGGAUUUAAAGAUGCUGAAAAUUGUAAUUAAUGUAAAAUUUGAUAAAUACAAGUAAUCGAAAGAGAAUUUUAAGCAUAAAUGUAUUACAUAAUAUAGUAAAAUGUGAUGUAAUGUAAUGUACAAUGUAAAGUAGCAAUAAGGACUGAAUAAAUAAAUUACAAUAUAUUCCUUGCAUUAACUUUAUAAAAACAUACAGCGUAGAUUAAUAAGAUAGAAGGAAUGUUAAGAAGGAAGAAUAAAAUAAAAAACAAUGCUA